AUGGAUCCCCUCAGCGUUACUGCCAGUGCUGUAGCCCUUGCGACUGCCGCGUUACAGAGCGCUAAGGCUCUUCACGACCUGGUUGAUGGACUCGCGGAUGCCCCACAUUCUGUUUCGCACAGCAAGAGCCUUCUUUCCCAGACCCAAACAACGUUAGGUACUCUAGCGCGAACACUCGAAACGAAUUGUGCGCCUGACACAGUCAAUUCCGUUCUCAAGGAGAUAGAGCUUAACAAGGUAUUGGAGUCGACAAAGUCUAUUUGUCAAGGAUUCACAGCUGCCAUGACAAGAGUUACCAGCCAUUCAACGGAUUCGCAUUUCAGCAAACGCGACAGACUCGUCGUAUACUUUCAAGACUCAAAGAUAAAUAAACUAAACAGAGAUUUGGCGGACUGUCAAAGAACCAUCACGAUGGUUCUAUCUUCAAUCACGCUGAUUGUUUCGAGCCGCACCUCUGGGAAUAUCGAUCAGCUUCAGACUCAAUUUGCUACACAGGAGAAGGCUCUAGCCAAUCUGAGUGCACAACUAUCGAUAAGAGAACCAGAGUCACAAGCAGAUGACGACGGCAUAGCUGAGGGAGACUCGAGCGCGCGGUUAACGGAUAGCCUUAGAGAUGUCUGCCAGAAGACUCUGUCGGCGACCCGCGCAUGCCGUACCGGGCAGAAGUUUGGUGAAAUGAAGACAGACGACCAUUCGAUUGCUAUGCAAGGGAUAGUCGGCGUGGCACAGCCAGGCGUGGACCAGUCGUUUGGCAGCCUAACGACCACGAAGAGUAGCCGUGCAUUUCAAGGGCAAAUGGAUGCAGGCUCUUUUAGCAACCUCUUCAGCAAAUGA